GGGGGAGGAGGCCCCUCACCAUGACCUCCGGGGAGCCCCUUUUAGGUUCUUUGCCCGCUGUUUGGGUUUGUAAAAUGGGCCCAGAAUAUGCCUGGUUCAAGACCGCGGUUCUGGUUACACGAUGCACAUUCGCCACGCCCCCUGCUUGAGAUUACUUUUUUUUUCCCUCCGGGUCCUGGGGAUUGAACCCAGGACCUUCGCACUGAAUUACAUCCCCCAGCCCUUUCUUAUUUUUAAAUUUUUAGGUAGAUCCUCGCCAAGUUGCCCUUUAGGGGCCAGAACUCGUGAUCCUCCUGCCUCAGACUUCCUGAGUGCUGGGUCUGUGGUCACAUCCCCCCCACACUUGAUGAAUAAUACUGCAGCUAGCCCAAUGUCUGCUGCCACUUCGAGUAGUGGAAGAAGUACAGGGAAGGCUAUCAGCUUUGCGGCCGAGUUACAAAGUAUGAUGUAUUCUUUAGGUGAUGCUAGGAGACCUCUUCAUGAAACAGUGGUUUUGGUAGAAGAUGUGGUACACACUCAAUUAAUUAAUCUGUUACAGCAAGCUGCAGAAGUUUCUCAGCUGCGGGGAGCAAGGGUAAUCUCUGCUGAAGAUCUUCUAUUUUUGAUGCGUAAAGAUAAGAAAAAGCUGAGAAGACUGCUGAAAUACAUGUUCAUGCGAGACUAUAAAUCAAAGAUUAUCAAAGGAAUAGAUGAGGAUGAACUUCUGGAAGAAAAGUUGAGUGGCAGCAAUGCAAACAAAAGACAAAAAAUUGAUCAGGACUUUCUCAGCUCUAUUGACCAAACAGGAGAACUUUUGGCAAUGUUUGAAGAUGAUGAGAUUGAUGAAGUUAAACAAGAAAGAAUGGAGAGAGCAGAAAGACAGACUCGAAUUAUGGAUUCAGCUCAAUAUUCAGAAUUCUGUGAAAGUCGACAAUUAAGUUUCUCCAAAAAAGCUUCCAAAUUUCGAGACUGGUUGGACUGCAGCAGCAUGGAGAUAAAACCCAAUGUUGCAGCUAUGGAAAUUUUAGCAUAUUUAGCAUAUGAAACAGUGGCUCAGUUAGUGGAUCUGGCUCUUCUUGUGAGGCAGGACAUGGUAACCAAAGCUGGAGACCCUUUCAGUCAUGCCAUUUCUGCAACCUUCAUCCAAUAUCACAGCUCUCCUGAGAGCACCGCGGCCUGUGGUGCGGAGCCUCACAGCGAUGCCAUCCAGCCCUGCCACAUCAGAGAGGCUAUCCGACGCCAUGGCCACAAGAUUGGCCCCCUUUCCCCGUUCACAAGUGCCUACCGCAGGAAUGGGAUGGCUUUUCUAGCCUGCUAAUGUGACUGUGUCUGCAACAACAGGAAAGGCAAUGUUAUACUGAGGUGAUUUCUUUCUCCCAUCCUGUACAAGAUAAAAGUUCACCUUCUUCACAUCCGAAGGAGCUUGCAGAUUUUGUGACUCUUGCUCUUUUCCAGCCCCCUAGGUAUUUAGUAAUUGUUUACUAGAUGGGCCAUUUAGCUAAUUAAUGGUAGGAUGUUUGGGACAGUGUGUAGGUGGACAAGAAUGCAGAUCACAGGAUUUUUGAAGUCUUAACUUGGCAUGGAUUUGCUUCCCUCAGCUCACAUAGCUUAAAAGUAGCCCCCCCUUUCAGUGUUUAGUCUGGCGUUUUGAUACAUUUUAUAAUCCAGCUUCAGGAUAAAGGAGACAAAAUUAAAAGGACAGUCUUCUCCCACUGUAUUGUCUCACCAAUUUUACUUCCCUAACACUUGACUAGUUGUCCCUAAAAUAAAUGCAGACAUAUUUAUUUUAUAAACGUCGACUAAUUAAAGAUCUAACUAACCUCAUGAACUGCCAGUCCUUGCUCUUCUUCCCAUCAUCCCACUUAAAUGUAGUGUCCCUCGCAUGCCUUUUUCCUAACUUCCUGCCAAUCAUGUGUUCUUCCUCACAUAAGACUCCUUUCUCCAUCUUCACUCCCUGCUUUUCCCCGGACCCACCUUCCAACUCAUUCCACACCCUUCAGCAGCAGUCAUAAUUCAGAGGGGGAAGAGGGAUUUGCCCUCUCCUGUCCCUUCAGCAGCCAGCCCCCCAGUUCUGGAAGCACUUGAUGGGAGCAGCUGUACUCUCUCUGGCAUCUAUCCUCUCUCUAGCAAAUGAGAAAUUAUAACUCCUGGGAACAAACUAAAAUACAGCAGGUAUCAUUGUACAGUUCCUAAUUAAACAUGAAUUUCAAAGAAGGGAGUUAUUUAAUUCUUUGGGAGUUUUAAUAUAAUUUAAUUUUUAUCAUGGUUUUUGCACCAAAAAACCCUUUAUAAAGAAUUCAAAAAAACUGAAAUGAGAAAAGCAUGAACGUUUUCUUGUGACCAAAUUAUUCAGAGUCAAAAGGACUGUGUGAUGUUAUCCACUUAAAUUUGUUAAACUGUCAGUUUACCUCUUCUACAUUGAAGCUUCUGUGAGAAAGAAAAAAAAUCUGCAUGUCAUAAACAAAAAAAUAUAGAUAAUGGACACUCAAGUUAAAACCAGCCUGACAUGUGAACUUGGAUUAUGACCAGAAUUCUACGACCAAAGUCUUGAGUUACGACCAGGCCCAAUGCCAGCCACUUGUGCUUCCAGAUGGUCUCAGAUA